AUGCCACGUAUCUGUACAAGAAGUUGGGAACCAAAUGUCAAAAGUGAGGAGGUUAUUCCCAUUCCUGAAGGUUUUGGUCCUUACAUUAUUGGAUCUCGAGGAUAUAAUAUUAAGAAAAUUACAGAAAUGUCUGGUGCAAUAAUUUAUGUUGCACUGAACACGAUCCCUCCAUCAAUAAAAAUCUAUGGUACUCCUCGGAAACGUUUCGAUGCGAAACUUCUUAUCGAUGAAACAAUUUCCAAAGCUAAGGCCAAGCCAUUUGUUGAGUUCAGUUUGUUGGAAAUUGAUAGCAUCGAUAAAUUCUUUGAUAUACAAUAUAUAUAUACUGAAUUUAAAGAUGAAAAUAUUACAGAUCGACCCCACAAUAAUUCAGAACUGAGAGAAUACAAACAAUAUUUUCUUAAAAGACACACUCGUGGAAAAGAGAUGAAUAGAGAAGAACAUAGCAUAAAAUCAAAGCCUAUAAUAAGAUCUGAUGGACUUGGUACCGUUGAUAGAUUUGAAGAGUGUCUCAAAAGAAUUUUCACACAACUUGGAAAUCCUAAUGCAAAGUCCAACAUGCCUGAAAAAUCUAAUUUAAAACGAAUUCAACUUCGUAUAUUUUUUGGUCGUCAAACGUUUCUUGAACCAGAUUUGAGAAGGGGAUUUAUUAGUGUGAACGAGCUUCUUGGAAAAAAAGUUACGGAUAGCUGGGGUGACUUUGAAACAUGGAGAACUUGUGGGACUAGAAGGAGAACAGCGAUUGGUACUUUAAGAAGAACUGUAAGAUAUAGUACGUCAAAGAUGAUUAAGACGUCAUUUAUUCCUAUUCCACAAAUUUGGAAAAAUAUUGAAGCAAUUCAUGAGAGGUUUAAACUGAAGUUUGAUAACGAUGAGGAUAAAAAGCGUAUCAGUAUACUUUACGUGGAGAAUGGUCAGCUGAGUGAGAUGAAGCUACAUUGGAGUAAAGAAGAUGGAUCGUGGAAAUUACAUAAGGUUGCAAAAAAUAGUAGGCGUCAUGGAACCAAAGUGCCCGAUUUGCAAUUCAUGGUGAGGACCGAGUAUGACGGGAAUCCUGACCAAAAAAUUAGCCAAAUUAUUGAAAACCUUCAAGUUGAAAGAUCGAUCGGUGACGGAUUCAGAUUGAGUGAUUUCAAUGGAAAACUUGACUGUCUUUGUAUUAGACAAACAAUUAAUAAGGGCUGUUAUAGAAAUGACAAAUUCAAAAUCACGAGAUUCACGAUCCAACAAGAAUCCAGAGGAGAAGAACAGAUCACUUUGGAGGACAAUGUUUCAGUAAAAAACAUAUGUUGGCGGAAGGAUUAUGAAAUAAUGGGUGAAGUUUCCAAGAAAUACUUGGAUAAAGAGAAAUUAGAGUCAAUUAAUGAGACUAUUGAGUUUGCCAGAGAAUUUUCGAAAUCAAUUUUUAUAAAAGAUGAAUGA